AUGGACAUUGGUCUAGCUUAUGAGAAAACAAAAGAUUAUGAUUGGUCAUGUCAACACUAUGAAAAAGCUUUAGAAAUGUGUCAGACAUACGCUCCAAAUAAUUCAAAACAGAUUUCAACAAUUUUUAAACAUUUAAGUGAUAUAAGUUUGGAUAGAAAUAAUUUUGAUCAUGCUAUUAAUCUUCGAAUGAAAUCGCUUAGUGUGAACGAAAAAACAUAUCAUUUAACAGAGAAAGAAAACGAAGCUCAAUGUUAUUAUGAUAUUGGUCAGAAAUUCCUAUCUACUGAUCCUGACAAAGUACUUGAAUUUAUUCAAAAAUCAUUAGAAAUUCGACAACAAAUUUUACCAGAACAUCACGUCAACAUUGCCUUUUGCCAUCAUGAUAUUGGUGUUGCUUACGAGAAGAAAGAUAUGUUUGAUGCAGCACUAGAACAUUACGAAAAAGCUAUUGAAAUAUAUGAAAAACAUUUAUUUGAUAAAGAAGAAUAUCAAUUUAAUGUCAAGAAGGCGUACGGCCGAUGUUGUUCUAAUAUUGCUAAAAUUUAUUGUCAUCAAAGAAAAUAUGAUAAUGCAUUUACUUAUAGAAUGAAAACAUCAAGUAUUGACGAAAAGUACUGUGAUUUAAGCGAAAAAGAAAAGGAAGCACAAUGUUACUUUGACAUUGGUAAAGAGUUAUAUGGGACAGAUCCUAAUAAAGAACUUGAAUUUACUGUAAAGUCAUUACAAAUUCGACAAGAAAUUUUACCAAGAGACCACAUCACCAUUGGUUUUUGUUAUCAUGAAAUAGGUGCAGUUUACGAAAAAAAAGUCAUACUUGACACAGCAUUAGAACAUUACAAAAAAGCAAUUGAGAUUUAUGAAAAACAUUUAUUUGAUAAAGAAGAAUAUCAAUUUAACGUCAAAAAAUGUAACGAUAUAUGUCAUACUAAUGUUUAUAUAAUUUAUUGUCGUCAAAGAAAAUAUGAUGAUGCAUUCGUAUAUAGAAUGAAAGCAUUAUGUGUCAACGACAAGAAAUGUCAUUUAACUGAAAAAGAAAAAGAAGCACACUGUUACUUUGACAUUGGUAAUGAGUUAUGUUGCACAGAUCCUGAUAAAGCACUUGAAUUUAUUCUUAAAUCAUUAGAUAUUCGACAACAAGUGUUACCAAGAGACCACAUCACCAUUGGUUUUUGUCAUCAAAAUGUUGGUGCAAAAGAAUAUGAAUUUAAUGUUCUACAGCUUUAUGGACAAUGUCAUAACGGUUUAGCUAUAUGUUAUGCUAGUAUCGAAAAAGGUAAAAAUGUUAAUGCAAUUGAUUAUACAUUAAGAGCAUUACAAAUUUUUCAACAAUAUUCUCCAGAAAAUAAAAUCGAUGUUGCCCGAUGUUAUUGGAAUUAUGGUUAUAUCUCAUGGAUGAAAGGACAAUACGAUGAAGCAAUUGAACAACUAUAUAAAUCAUUAGACAUAGUAUUAUAUCAAAACACAAUUGAUGUAGGACGUUCCUACCAUCUUUUAGGUGUUUGCUAUUAUGAAAAAUUCGCAUAUCAACAAGCAUUAUCAUUCUUUGAAAGGGCCUUGAAAAACUACGAACAAUUCUUACGAAAUCUAAACGAUGAAAAUGCCGGACUACUAUUAUACUAUACAUCCUUAUGUUUAUUCAAAUUAAAUAACUACAAUCAAGCUCUAGAAUAUGCAAUCAAAUCAAAUCAAAUUCGGGAUGAAAUAUUUCCAUCGAUACAUGUGCAAAGAGCAGCAUCACAUAGUAUAUUAGCAUUAAGAUAUGCAAAAUUACAACAAAAAGAAAAAUCUAAUCAACAUCGUAUUGAAGCUUUAGAAAUAUCGAAACAGUUAAUUUCAAAGAAUGAAAAAGUCACAAAUAUUGGCAGUAUAUUUGAGAAUAUUGGUGAAUUGUAUAAGAAUCGAAAUAAUCUACGGCAAGCUCGAAAAUAUUAUAAAAAAGCACUACAAUAUACAAAGCAAGAGAAAGUGGAUGAUCAUCCAGAUAUUGAACGUAUACAAAAAAUUAUUGAUAGUUUAUCAACAAACUAA